CUUCUACUCAGCCCUGUUCCCUUCGCCCCAUAUUAUAGUUCAACUCUCAAUUAAGCGCAUUAAUACGAAUUUAUUAGGAAACUCUCUCCAAAAAUGUUCUCUCUAGCUUUCUACGUCGGGAUUUUAUCGGUCGCCGCCAUUGCCUGCUGGCUGUACAACUACAAGUGGAGAAACCCAAGGUGCAACGGAGUCCUCCCGCCUGGCUCCAUGGGCUGGCCUCUACUGGGAGAGACACUACAGUUCUUUGCAUCCAACACGUCGUUCGAUAUUUCUCCCUUUGUCAAAAACAGGAUGCAAAGAUACGGGCCGAUAUUCAAGACGAGCUUGGUGGGGAAGCCCGUGAUCGUGUCCACAGAUGCGGAUUUUAGUUAUUUCAUAUUUCAACAGGAGGGGCAGUCAUUUCAGAGCUGGUAUCCAGAUACAUUCACCGAAAUAUUAGGGAAGCAGAAUAUGGGGUCGUUGCACGGGUUCAUGCACAAGUACCUAAAGAAUAUGAUACUCAAUCUUUUCGGACCAGAAAGUCUGAAAAAGAUGCUUCCGGAAGUCGAGCAGGCAUCUAAAAUGAGCUUAGGAAGAUGGUCGGGUCAGUGUACAGUUGACGUGAAGGAUGCAACCGCAUAGAUGGUUUUCGACCUGACAGCAAAGAAGCUGAUCAGUUACGAUUCGGAAAAGUCCCCAGAGAAUCUAAGGGAGAACUUUGAGGCUUUCGUAAAGGGGCUAAUCUCUUUCCCUCUGGACAUUCCUGGCACAGCCUACCACAAAUGCUUACAGGGAAGAAAAAGGGCAAUGAAGAUGCUGAAAUCCAUGCUGCAAGAAAGACGGGAGAGGCCACGAAAAAUGCAAAGUGAUUUCUUUGAUUAUGUUUUGAAAGAGCUUCAGACAGAUGGUACGGUUGUCACAGAGGCGAUUGCUCUGGAUUUGAUGUUUGCGUUGCUCUUUGCCAGCUUCGAGACAACCUCGCUGGCAAUCACUCUGGCAGUUAAACUUCUUCUAGAGCAUCCAUUGGUUUUGAAAGAACUUAAGGAAGAACACGAGGGAAUUGUUAAGAGGAGGGAGAAUCCGGAUUCUGCGCUAACAUGGAAUGAGUACAAAUCGAUGAAGUUCACUUUUCAGGUGAUAAACGAAACAGUGAGACUGGCCAACAUCGCUCCUGGGAUUUUCAGAAAGACGCUGAGAGAAAUCAGAUUCAAAGGUUAUACAAUCCCAGCUGGCUGGGCAGUCAUGGUAUGUCCUCCAGCUGUGCACUUAAACCCCACCAAAUAUAGAGAUCCCCUUGAAUUCAAUCCAUGGAGAUGGGAGGCGAGUAUUUGCACCAAUAUUAAAAUUAUGCAAUUCAUAUAUAUUUAUUAUUUCCAUGCCUGUUUCUAACCAUAUAAUGACACUACUAAGUGCUUACAGGGGAUAGACACAAAUGGGGCAUCAAGAAACUUCAUGGCCUUUGGAGGAGGAAUGAGAUUCUGUGUAGGGACAGAUUUCGCAAAGGUGCAAAUGGCUGUAUUUCUCCAUUGUUUGACUACAAAAUACAAGUGGAAAGCAGUCAAAGGAGGAGACAUUCUCCGAACUCCCGGUUUGCAGUUCCCAAAUGGGUUUCACAUUCAAAUCUCUGAAAACAGAUGCGUUGAAGCAGCUGUUUCUAUUCAAGGGAAGACAUUAUCCAAUCACUAGAAUGUUAUUCAAGUUAUUCUAUGUGUUCCCCUCUCAAGUGGAGGUUUGUCGAGAAUAAGAUGAGGCGGUACACUACCAAUAAAAUCCAAAUCGGAAUAAGAUAAUGUUAUGCUAGGUGUUUAAAACUACAAAAUCAAUCAACUCUCGUCCAUAUCUUGUCAAUCUCUUCUGUUACGUUGAAUGUAUCAUUCUCCAUCUAGUUAAUAAACAGAUUUUGUGCCUUACACACGCAUGAUUUUCAUCAGAAGCUGCUAUGUACUGUCAUUUGUGGAAGGGAUGU